AUGAAUGGCACAGAAGGCCCUAACUUCUACGUGCCCUUCUCCAAUGCGACAGGAGUGGUACGCAGCCCCUUCGAGUAUCCACAGUACUACCUGGCCGAGCCAUGGCAGUUCUCCAUGCUGGCCGCCUACAUGUUCCUGCUGAUUGUGCUGGGCUUCCCCAUCAACUUCCUCACGCUCUACGUCACCGUCCAGCACAAGAAGCUGCGCACGCCUCUCAACUACAUCCUGCUCAACCUAGCUGUGGCUGACCUCUUCAUGGUCCUAGGUGGCUUCACCAGCACCCUCUACACCUCUCUGCAUGGAUACUUCGUCUUCGGGCCUACAGGAUGCAAUUUGGAGGGCUUCUUUGCCACCCUGGGCGGUGAAAUUGCCCUGUGGUCCUUGGUGGUCCUGGCCAUCGAGCGGUACGUGGUGGUGUGUAAGCCCAUGAGCAACUUCCGCUUUGGGGAGAACCAUGCCAUCAUGGGCGUUGCCUUCACUUGGGUCAUGGCGCUGGCCUGCGCCGCACCCCCCCUCGCCGGCUGGUCCAGGUACAUCCCCGAGGGCUUGCAGUGCUCGUGCGGAAUCGACUACUACACACUCAAGCCAGAGGUCAACAACGAGUCCUUCGUCAUCUACAUGUUCGUGGUCCACUUCACCAUCCCCAUGAUUAUCAUCUUUUUCUGCUAUGGGCAGCUCGUCUUCACCGUCAAGGAGGCCGCUGCCCAGCAGCAGGAGUCGGCCACCACACAGAAGGCAGAGAAGGAGGUCACCCGCAUGGUCAUCAUCAUGGUCAUCGCUUUCCUGAUCUGCUGGGUGCCCUACGCCAGCGUGGCAUUCUACAUCUUCACCCACCAGGGCUCCAACUUCGGUCCCAUCUUCAUGACCAUCCCAGCAUUCUUUGCCAAGAGCGCCGCCAUCUACAACCCUGUCAUCUAUAUCAUGAUGAACAAGCAGUUCCGGAACUGCAUGCUCACCACCAUCUGCUGCGGCAAGAACCCAUUGGGUGACGAUGAGGCCUCCGCUACCGUGUCCAAGACGGAGACCAGCCAGGUGGCCCCGGCCUAAGACCUGCCUAGGACU